ACAUGUAAUCAUAUUCCUUUUCUAUAUAUAUUUUUUUUCAUUUUUUCGUUUUUUCUCCAUACAAAACCACAAAAAUAAAAUAUUAAUAAAUCGACGGAUUAUAAGCCACAAACAAGGAGAGAUUAAAAAAAGGUGGAGAUAAACAUUGGCUUUGAGUUGAGACUUACAGAUUUUAGCAAAUUCGAAAAAUGAAAGCCGCACCUCCAUCAACGACAUUCCAACUCAGGACUGUUACUUCUUCACCAUUUCUGUUCAACGUUUCGUUAACUUUUCUGGAUAACAGAAGGAAACUAAACACCAGCUCUAUUCUGAGGCGCACGCUACCCUCGUUCUCUUAUGUUCCACUAAAGGUCAGUGCGAAUUCUCAGGCUGCUGCCCCUGCUUCUACUGAAGUAACCAAAGCAACGACUGUUCCUAAUGAAAUGAAGGCUUGGGUAUACGGGGAAUAUGGAGGUGUUGAUGUUUUGAAGUUUGAUGAGACAGUGGCGGUUCCUCAAGUGAAGGAAGAUCAGGUUUUGAUAAAAGUGGUUGCUGCUGCUCUUAACCCCGUUGAUGCCAAGAGAAGGCAGGGCAAGUUUAAGGCUACCGAUUCUCCUCUUCCGACUGUUCCAGGCUAUGAUGUUGCUGGUGUGGUUGUAAAGGUUGGAAGUCAAGUAAAGGUGCUGAAGGAAGGAGAUGAAGUGUAUGGAAACAUAAAUGAGAAAGCAUUAGAAGGGCCUAAACAGUUUGGUUCCCUUGCUGAGUACACUGCAGUUGAAGAGAAGCUGCUGGCAUUAAAGCCAAAGAAUCUGGAUUUUUUCCUGGCUGCUGGGCUUCCUCUUGCUAUUGAGACAGCCUAUGAGGGUCUUGAAAGGACUGGGUUUUCAGCAGGUAAAUCCAUUCUUGUUUUGAAUGGUGCCGGUGGUGUUGGAAGCUUAGUGAUUCAGCUAGCAAAACAAGUAUUUGGUGCUUCAAGAGUUGCAUCCACUUCAAGCACAGGAAAACUUGAGUUGUUGAAGAACUUAGGUGCUGACUUGGCUAUUGAUUACACAAAGGAGAAAUUUGAAGAUUUACCAGAAAAAUUUGAUGUUGUUUAUGAUGCCAUUGGGCAAUGUGACAGAGCAGUGAAGGCAAUCAAAGAAGGUGGCAGUGUGGUGGCCCUAACUGGUGCUGUCACACCUCCUGGCUUUAGAUUUGUGGUUACUUCCAAUGGAGAGGUUCUCAAGAAACUAAAUCCAUAUUUAGAGAGUGGGAAAGUGAAGCCAGUUGUUGAUCCCAAGGGGCCAUUCCCAUUUGCUCAGGUUGCUGAGGCUUUCUCUUACAUUGAAACGAAUCGUGCUGUAGGAAAGGUAGUUAUACACCCAAUUCCGUAAGUCAAAUGAAACAAAGAGAGGGAAACAACCAUUUUGUAUUGCAUGCUGCUAACCCCUCUAUAGUUAUGAACAGCAAAUGCCAGUGUAUUUCAAUCAAUAAGAUGUUAUGAGAUUUUGCUUGAUACUUUCAUACGUUUUGCUUAGUGUAAU